GUUCAGUUUCAUCCCAGCGAUGGAUGCAGGCACACAUCCAAGCGCGGAUGGAAAUCCGCCGGCUCCCGUUCCAGCACGGGCAGAACAAGCCCAAAUUGAUUGGUGAAAUCUGAUCUGGGGCUUCUGCUUGUUUGUUUUCCAUCUUCCAAUGAGACAGUGCACGUUUGCUCUGAGUUCUGGCUGAAGUGCUGGGGUUACCUUGCCGUGAGUCUUGGUUGGGUUUGCGAGGGGAAAAUCAAGAGCUUCAGGAGCUGGAGGUUACCUGUUGGUCCUCGUGGUCUGAGAAGGUGAAGAAUGAUGGAAACAAGAUUUCUUCUGCUUUUCUGCCCGUGAAUCAGCAAAAAGGGGGAAGAGGAAGAAGAGCUGGCAGUGGACAGCCAGUCCUUCCUGCUGUGCGUGGCAGCUCUGGAAGGUGCCAGCGUCGGUGACGGCGUCAUUGCCUCCGAGAAGGGGGACUGGCAGCCAGCAGGCACUUGGGCAUUUGGUGAUAGCCACAGUGGGCUGUUAUCUCGAGAGCUGAAGGCCACAUGUGAGCUUGGCAGAGCUUCUUGAUCAAGUCCUGUUUGAGCUGUUUGCCUGUUAAUUCCAAAGCUCUGACAGCAGCUGUAGUGCAGUCACUGUGUGGUGGCAGGAGGCAGAAUCUCUUCAAAACACUUCAUGAGGUCGUGUUGAUCAUGGACAGUGAAGAAAUCCCUACUUUUUCGAGUCCAAAGGAGGAAACUGCCUAUUGGAAAGAGCUUUCCUUGAAGUACAAGCAAAGCUUCCAGGAGGCUCGUGAAGAGCUGGCUGAAUUCCAGGAGGGAAGCAGGGAAUUAGAAGCUGAGUUGGAGGCACAGCUAGUGCAGGCUGAGCAGAGGAACAGAGAUUUGCAAGCAGAUAACCAAAGACUGAAAUAUGAAGUGGAAACAUUAAAGGAGAAACUGGAGCACCAGUAUGCCCAGAGUUACAAGCAGGUGUCGUUGUUGGAGGAUGACCUGAGCCAGACAAGGGCCAUCAAAGAUCAGCUGCACAAGUAUGUGAGGGAGCUGGAGCAGGCCAACGAUGACCUGGAACGUGCCAAGAGGGCAACAAUAGUUUCAUUGGAAGACUUUGAACAAAGGCUGAACCAAGCUAUUGAGAGAAAUGCAUUUUUAGAAAGUGAACUGGAUGACAAGGAGUCAUUGCUGGUCUCUGUACAGAGAUUAAAGGAUGAAGCAAGAGACCUGCGGCAGGAGCUGGCUGUGAGGGAGAGGCAGCAGGAGGUGACCAGGAAAUCAGCACCCAGCUCCCCCACGCUGGACUGUGAGAAGAUGGAUUCAGCUGUCCAGGCCUCUCUCUCCUUGCCAGCUACACCCGUUGGAAAAGGAUCAGAAAAUAGUUUUCCUUCCCCAAAAGCUAUACCAAAUGGGUUUGGUACCAGCCCACUCACUCCUUCAGCUCGAAUAUCUGCACUCAACAUCGUGGGAGAUCUGCUACGCAAAGUGGGGGCCUUAGAAUCCAAGCUGGCUGCUUGCAGGAAUUUUGCAAAGGACCAGGCAUCACGGAAAUCCUACAUUUCAGGGAACGGCGGCAGCGCCGCGCUGGGCAGCGCCACAAAGUACCCCGGGCACACGUCCUUCUUUGACAAGGGGGCAGUGAACGGCUUUGACCAAGGGCCCCCCGGCCUGGGGGGCUCCCGCCCGUCCUCGGCGCCGGGAAUGCUCCCCCUGAGCGUAUGAGCCCCCAGGGCUUGGACUCGGAUGCUUUUCUCAGCCCAGCUCGAGAAGAACUGCUCCUGAUUCCGCCCCCUUCCCACUGGAACAUGACCCUGAGAGGAGACCCCGAGCCCACGGCCCUCCAUGUCCUGUCAAUACAGUUUGUUUUCUGCUGU